CUUCAAAGACAAAAAGAAAUUCAAAUCUAAUUCACUCUUUUACCCUCUCCCCACAAUCGCUCAACAUAACGUUCCACCCUCAAAAUUUUCAUAAAACAUUAGGGAUACUUUAGUCAAAAUUAAUAAGCAGCCUUAUGUUUUUGUUGUUGUUAUAUUAAUCUUCAGAAGCCCAUAAUUUCAAAUUUUGGAUCGUUACAAUACCUCGGCGCUAUAGAAAAAAAAAAAAAAAGGAAAAAAACGCAGGGCCAGAGUCUGGCUCCGCUAGCUUGUACCUUACGCUAUGGAUGUUGUCCUUUGUUCUUCGUUUUCUUAUUUUUCCCCCUUUUGAUGAAAUAAACAUUUUUUUUGCUUUGAAUGCUACAGUUAAGUUGGUUCAACCGUAGUCAUCGCCGUUAUCAACUCAAACUCGCCGUUUCCAAGAUUCCUAGGGUUUCUAAGCGAAAAUCAAUUUCAAAUUUUCGAUGGAAAUGGCGGCGGACUUUGGUUCUGGUUGUUUCAGGUGAAGUUAGAGCAGCAUUGUAGAGUGAGGAAGAGGGAUUAAGUUUUGGAGAGAGAAAGACAAGUAAAGAGAGAUGGAGAUGGAGAUAGAGGCAGUGUUGGACUUGAGAGAGAUCGAUCUUAAUUACGAGUUCGAUGCGGCUAGAUUCUUUGAUUUCACGAGCGAGGAGUCGCCGGUGGAGGCCAGAGAAGCUGAACUUUGGUUCGAGUCGGCCCCAAGUUAUCCUCCUUCUCCUUUUGUGACAAAGUUAGUUAUAAGAGAGGAAAGUCUCCUGGAAAAUGUUACUACAUCUCCUAAAUGUGAUGAAGAUACUAAUACAUUACAUGAAAGUGAUCCGGAAAAUAUGAUGGCGUUGGGAUUUUCAGCUGUGUGUACCAUUAACAAAGGAAAUGAAGGAACUAAGGGAGGGAUCUCCGCCCAUAUACAGAAAAUUUUACAAAAUGCUCUGAAUAAACCAUUCCAGUUAACUUCAGGGUUGACAACUUACAAUCAUUUACCCAGUGAUAAGUUAAAAACUAGACCCAAGAGUGUAAAACCUGUGCCUAGGAGCUCAACUCUUAUGAAACCUACUGCUAGCCAGUUAGCCAAACAAAAUCGACCCACUCAAGUUGCUACGUCCAGAUUUCAGAAGCUACUGGUUCUAAACAGUAACAGAAGCCUAGGUAAUUCUUCUGUGGUUGAAAGUCAAGCUGCCAAGAGGCAAAAGCUAGAGGGAGGUCUCUUGCAUAAGGUUGAGGAGGUGAAGCAGCAAACCACUUUGGUCCACAAGGCACCUAAAAAGGAUGGAACUAAAGAUAGAAAUGCCAUCAAUACCAAGCUCAGGCUUACCAUUCCAAGGGAACCUGAGCUUGAAACAGCACACAGGGCUCAAAGAAUUCGGCCUAAGAAUGAUACAGAAGAAGAGCAUGUUACAUCUGUCACACAUAGAUUCAAAGCACGCCCAUUGAAUAGAAAAAUUCUCGAGGCUCCUUCAUUGCCUCUUCCAAAAAAGAGUGUUCCAAAGUUGCCAGAGUUUCAAGAAUUUCACCUGAAGACACAGGAAAGGGCAGUGCAUCUCUCAUCAGCUGUAUUCUCCUCUUCAACCCAUACAAAUGCUGUUGAUAAGGGGUUUGAGAAACCUUGUAUAAUUUCUGCUAAUGGCAAUGAAACUAGAGAAGCCAGAAGACCUAGUUUCAUGGAUGCCACUAGCCAGGAUGUCUGUGACAAAAAGUACAACUUCAAAGCUCGUCCUUUAAAUAGGAAGAUAUUUUCCAGUAAAGGUGAUAUUGGUGUUUUUCGAAAUAUCAAGAGGGAAACCACGGUGCCAAUGGAAUUUAAUUUCCAUACGGAGAAGAGGGUUCCGCAAAAUCCACCCAUUGAACUUUUUAGUAAGCUAUCUCUUACAGCUGAGCUACAGCCAAGCAAUGGAUCUCAGAUGACGUCCUCUCGCCCUACCUUCACAUCUACAAAGGUUAUCCUGAAAAUAGAUUAACUUCUUUCCAACCAGAAAACGAGAUGAGAUAUUUGGCAAAAGAGAAAACACUUCUAUGGGGGAGAUAGUCACUGAAGUUGGUAACCAAUUGAGCACAAGGUCCGUUGGGAUCAUUAACACAAUAAUCUCUCUUUCGUCUUCCCUUCUUAAUUGUUGAUUUUCAAGAACAAAUUACUCUACAUAGAGAUUACACAGGAGCUUGGGCAUCCGCUGAAAGUGAAGGCACGCUCCCUAAUGGUUUCUCAUCAUGUCGACAUCUUAAUAUGCUGCUGUUGAUUCAGAAUUUUGACGGAUCAACAGUUUGACAAAUGCAUAGAUCUCAUCAACAUAGUUUUUCUAUCCCUUGUUGCAGUAUAUGGAAUCUGUGGAAUAUCCAUUAGAAAGUUUAUAUUUAAAGGAACUGGUUGUUAGAUGUACUUUCGUGCUCCAUAUACUUCUGGGUCACAACUGACCAAGUGCAUAAUAAUACAAGGAAAAUGUUAUACAUA